AUGGUUGACGGUUUGGGAUCUACGACGCUGUAUAAGGGAACUCUGGCUGUCCAGGGCAUGACAUGUUCCGCCUGUACCUCUGCCAUCAUUGCACAGGUGGGGAAACUGGACGGUGUAGGGUCCGUAGAGGUGUCGUUGGUCACUUCGGAAUGCCAUGUAGAGUUCCAAUUGGAGAAAGUGUCGCUGGAACUCAUUAGAGAAACAGUGGAAGAUUGUGGGUUUGACGCUCAGGUGCUCACUUCGACACCCAUGGGUUCAGCAGAUGCAGAUAUUGUUAGAACAGUGACUUUUAAAGUGUUGCGAUCCAAUUACGACGUUAGUUCAGGAUUUAGUGCCGAAAGCGGUGAUUCUGUUUCCAUGGAGGAUACUGAAAAAGUGGGUAAACAGGAUGGGAUUCUUUCCUUGGAGCCAGCUUUGGAAGUAAAUACAUUUAAUAUUACUUAUGAUGAAAACAAAAUUGGGAUCCGUGAUUUGAUUUAUUUCUUUAACUAUCUAGGGUACGACGCCACAGUCGAAUCCUCCAAUAUCAUCUCAGUAUCAUCGGCGACUCAAUUGGCAUUGCUAUCCAAGUGGGACGAAAUACAAUUCUGGAAAUUUACAUGUUUAAAGGCAUGUGUCUGUGCUAUUGUAGCAAUGGCUUUGUAUAUGUGGAUACCAAUGAUUUUCCCCAAUUUGAUUAAGAAUAAUCAUUUUCCCUUCAAAGAAACUUUCUUUGUCCAUGGUUUGUUCUAUAGAGACAUUAUUGGUUGGGCAAUAGCUACAUACUCACAGUUUAGAUUGGGGAUUUAUUUUUACAAAGCUGCAUGGAGCUCCAUGAAACAUGGUUCCGGUACAAUGGAUACUUUAAUUGCACUCUCCACAUCAUGUGCUUACCUUUUCUCCAUAUUUUCCAUUAUUCAUACCAUGGUCCUCUCUAGGGGCAAUGAGGAGUCUCCCAUGUUACCCAAUGUGGUAUUUGACACCUCCGUAAUGCUUAUCGCCUUUAUCUCAUUUGGGAAACUAUUGGAAAACAAGGCAAAGGCUCAAACAUCAUCAUCGUUAUCCAAACUAAUUCAAUUGACUCCAUCGAAAUGUAUUAUUCUACAGGACAAGAAUAACAUUCAAUCCUCUCAUAUUGAAAUUGAAACUAAUUUAUUACAGAGAAACGAUAUCAUUGAAAUUAAACCAGGUAUGAAAAUUCCUGCAGACGGUAUUAUAAUCCAGGGUGAAUCUGAAAUUGAUGAAUCCCUAAUGACAGGAGAAUCCAUCCUAGUACACAAGCAAAAGGGUUCUCAAGUCAUUGCAGGCUCAUUAAACGGGCCAGGUCAUUUCUAUUUCAAAGCUAUUAAUAUUGGUGAUGAUACUAAAUUAGCUCAAAUUAUUCAAACAAUGAAAUCAGCACAAUUGAAUAAGGCCCCUAUUCAAAACAACGCAGAUUAUCUAGCAUCUAUCUUUGUCCCCACCAUCCUUUGCCUUUCUAUCAUCACUUUUAUCACAUGGAUCACGUUAUCCAAUUUACUCACGAAACCACCAGUCAUUUUCACCAAUAAUAACAAUGGCAAGUUUUACACAUCGUUCCAAAUAGCCAUUUCAGUAAUUGUAGUUGCAUGCCCCUGUGCACUGGGUUUAGCCACUCCAACAGCAAUAAUGGUCGGAACAGGAAUCGGUGCACAACAUGGAGUCCUGAUAAAGGGAGGAGAUAUAUUGGAAAGAUUCAAUACUAUUACAAAGAUUGUUUUUGAUAAGACGGGGACAAUAACAACGGGUCAAAUGACAGUACAAAGAUUUAUUCCCUACUCGAAUGAUGAUUUACCAGUGCUUCCUUGCAUCAUGGCAGCACAAUCUAUCAGUGAACAUCCUGUUGCUAAGGCAAUCGUUAAUUAUUGUGGGGAAUCAUCCCAGGACUGUGAUGCCGGUGUGAUUGUGACGAAGAGUGAAAUAAUUAUUGGUAAGGGUGUCAGAUGUGAAUGUGAAUAUCAAGGGAGAAACUAUACUGUAACCGUGGGUCACAAAGCCUUAAUGACAGAUUCCAUGUUUGACUCCAAUAGUGAUAAUACAAGCGACGAUUUCACCAAAUCUUAUGUGUCCAUUAAUGAUACUUUAGUGGGUAAGUUCGAAAUUAGAGACUCUGUUAAGGAGGAUGUGGCAGAUAUUAUUCAAUAUUUGCAAGGGCUUCACUAUGAUAUUUACAUGGUUACGGGUGAUUCCCACGGUGCCGCCAUGAAAGUGGCUCAACAAGUUGGCAUUGCGGCAAAUAACGUCUAUAGCGGAGUGACACCCAGUGGGAAAUGUGAAAUAGUGGAAAGUUUACAAGCGGACAGUGUAGGCGGUGUAGCAUUUGUUGGAGAUGGUAUCAAUGAUUCUCCCGUCUUAGUGACCAGUGAUAUUGGUGUGGCGCUCUCCACGGGGACUGACAUUGCGAUGGAGGCUGCUGAUAUAGUUGUAUUGGGAAAUGAUCAGGAUGAGAGAGAAAGUUUGAAAGGUUUAAUAUAUGCCCUGGAUAUCUCAGCAAUGACAUUCUCUAGAGUUAAAUGGAACCUUUUUUGGGCUUUGGGCUACAAUAUAUUCAUGAUCCCAAUUGCCAUGGGUAUAUUAGUCCCCUGGGGAAUAACUAUACAUCCAAUGGUUGCUGGUUUGGCUAUGGCCCUGAGUUCCGUGUUUGUUGUCUUGAACUCUUUAAGGUUGAAAAGUUGGAAACCACCUGUGAUAGGUGACGAACAUCCCUUGUCGAGUGACUAUUAUCAUCACAAAGGUACGUCAUGGAUCAGAUCAGGUUGGAGGAAAUUGUUUGGAAUGAGUUCAGAGGUUGUUUAUCAAGAUUUAGAACUUCAGGAAGGUUUGGUGGAUUGA